AUAGGGUCACACAUUUUGCUAAUUUUCUGCUAAAAUUAUCUCGUUUAUCGCGAAAUAGUCGAAUAAUAACAUCAUUGAAGUUCUCGACAGACGUUUCAAAUGAAUAUUCGACUGAUGAAGAGGAUGAAAUAGAAUUAGCUCGUAAUAAGAGUCGUUUGAGCGUACGCCAGCGAGCAAAACUUGAUGAACAUGCCAAAAUGUUUACACCUCAGUCAGCGUGGGAAGUGAGUCUUCGGAAGCAGAGACAAUUGUACGCGAAGUUUGGGAAAGCGUCUGGUAUUGACCCAGGUGUGAUGUGGCCGACACGAGAGGAGCUGCGUGCUGUCGUCGAGGAAGAGAGAGAGUGGGAACCACCUCUUCAAGAGAGGAUGGCAAAGGCUCGAGCAGAUCGAGAAGAAAAAUUAGUGGCUGAAAAGAAAAGACAUGACUCUGUUGUGAAAGCCAUGGAAAAGAUGCCAGAACUUAUUGCCCAGUAUGAAGCCAAGCUGCGCAAAAAGGAGGCGGACGUGAGGAAAUCUGAGGAAAGAAAAAAGAGACUGCUGGAGGAAGCUAAAGAAUUCUUUGGUUAUGAUAUUGACUAUAGGGACCCUAAGUUCAAACAGUUACAAGAACUAAAAGAAGCUGAGGCUAAAAAGUUAGCAAAGCAGAAAAAGAAGGAGGAAAAGUUACGACGUAUGACUGCUAGUCUGACUUCAGAUGAACCAAAAUCAUGAUGAUGAUGUGUGUGUAGACUGAAUAGUAUCAAGUUGUGUGAGAGCUACUUUGAUGUUCUAUGCGUAAUUUGUGAACACAGUGCAUGGUUUCAGAGACAAACUCACAGGAUUACACAGUGUAUCAGAUCAUGGCUGUACUUGUUAGAUUGUAUUAAAAGUUGACUUAUGAGUAUGACAUCUGCUUGACGCUCAAUUGAAAGCUACCAAGUAUUAUUUCGUCUUUGACAGAUCAGUUGAGGCCAUACCCUUGUUGUUGAAAAUAUGUUUGAAAGAGGGUCAAUAAAUCUUUUGAAUGUGAGUUGGUA